AUGUUUCUACCUUCCUCUUUACCAGCCCUUGGCAUCGAAGACGUGGAUAGGCUAUUGUCUUCCGGCACCAGCCUUUACAACGAAGACGUCCAUCUCGACCUCGGCAGCUAUUCGUCGCCGGCGGCUUCGCUAUCCGACGAGGCUGACAGCAGUUCAUUCCCCUCGUCACCCUUUCACACGACCCAUUUUACCUGCGAGCCUGCCACCGGCUUGACAACAGGAUCGUCGGCCAAAGAGGCUGAGCAGGGAGAGCAGGAAGAGGAGCAAGAGGGAGAGGAAGAGGGAGAGGAAGAGGAGGCAAAGGAUGAAAAGAGGCUCUUUCAGGUGGAGCAAACAAAGGUUCCCAUUCCAGUUGGCCACCUGAAGAGUCUGCAGCCGACUCAGGCAAGCCGGAGUGAUGCCGUACGGACAGCGGAGGAGCAGCAGAGAGAGGGUCGCUUCACAAAUCACGAUAGGCCGACGAAGCCCGACUCUGUUGCGCUAGACGCCCAGGACUCGGAGGACACCCUGACCGGAUCUGAGGCGGAAAAGUGUCAACGUGAAGAACAAGAACGCCAGAUCCGUUUGCGAAGUCGUCGGCUGCAGCUGCGUCGGCGGACCAAGCAUCGCAAAGUGAGCCGAAUUCGCGGGUUUCGUGAGCCCCCCAUUUCGGCGUGCAUCGCCUCGUCCUCGCGACCGGGAGUCGGACUCGCCUCGUCCGCAUCGUCGGAUCCCGACACCUCCGACUCGGAAGAGGCCGGCGAUCUCGACGAGGAAGAGGCCAGCUCAAGCAGUGACGAUCAAGCCUCCGACUCUGACUCGCUCUACAGCCCGUUCGUGACGUGUCAGGUGACGGGCCGCCGGGCCGUGGCCGACGCCAGUUGGCGCCGCCGACUGCCGACGACCCGGACUCGUCUUCAACUGGUGCUCGAGCCGUUCUCAGAGGUCUCGCCGCCGACUCCAACCCCGUCGACGGGCUCGAGCCAAGCUCAGACGGUUCAGCGCGCCAAGCCGGUCAACGACCUGCAACCAUGGUGGCCACGCAGUCUGCCCGCUUUCCCGCAGGCCGCGCCGGGCCGGGACGAUGCCUCCGAGGCCGAGAUUGACGCGGGUCUCGAGCUCGACACCAUCGCCUCGUCGUCCGAGGAGGCCGGCGCCUCGAGAAAACCCGGCACCGGUACGCCGUCAAGAGACGAGCUGGCCGAGUCCGGCGACGUAGGAUCCGCUGGGGCAGGCGAUCGACGCUUCAGAAUCGGUGCCGCGAUGCCGGGCGACUUGAGCCAAUUGGCAACCGCGGAGUCAACUAGUCAGCUCGGUUGUCAAUGGCACCGGCGUCGAAGGCGGCAGCGCAAACAGCUCGAAUUGUGGCAGUUCAUCCUGCAUCGGCUGGACACAGCGUCGGCAUUUUCAGCCUUCCAGUGGGUCAACAGGACAGCCGGAGUCUUCCGGAUCACAGAUACCCGAGCGGCCGCCUACGAAUGGGGCAAGUAUCGGGCCAAUUCAAGGAUGGACUACGAAAAAAUGGCCAGAGCCAUGAGGUAA